ACGGGCGGAGCUGGCCUCGCUCGCUCGCUGGCUCCCGCCCGCCCUCCGCCCUCCCGCCGGCUCUCUCCGCCCCUCCUCCGCCGCCCGCCGCCGGGUCUGGUCGCGGCCCCCGCUCGCCCUCGGCUCCUGCCCCUCGCCGUGGAGAGCCCGCCGGCGCGCAGGGCCUAUGAGCGCCCAUCUGUAGCGCGCCAGCCAGCCGUGCCCGGAGCCCGAGCGCAGCCUCGAGGUCCCACCUGAGGUGCCCCUGACCGUCCCUGUCCCCCACCCCACCCCGGAUCCCGGCAAUGCUAACCGCUGUCUGCGGCUCUUUGGGCAGCCAGCACACGGACGCGCCUCACGCCUCGCCGCCGCGCCUCGACCUGCAGCCCCUCCAGACGUACCAGGGCCACACGAGCCCGGAGGCCGGGGACUACCCCUCCCCGCUGCAGCCUGGAGAGCUGCAGAGCCUCCCGCUGGGCCCGGAGGUGGACUUCUCACAGGGCUAUGAGCUGCCGGGGGCCUCCUCUCGGGUAACCUGCGAGGACCUGGAAAGCGACAGUCCCUUGGCCCCGGGACCCUUCUCCAAGCUCCUGCAGCCGGACAUGUCACACCAUUACGAAUCAUGGUUCCGGCCGACUCACCCAGGCACUGAGGAUGGCUCGUGGUGGGACCUUCAUCCGGGCACUAGCUGGAUGGACCUCCCCCACACUCAGGGCGCUCUGACCUCACCUGGCCACCCCGGGGCGCUUCAGGCUGGCUUGGGGGCCUACGUCGGAGACCACCAGCUUUGUGCCCCGCCGCCCCAGCCCCACCCUCAUCACCUCCUCCCAGCCGCCGGAGGGCAGCACCUCCUGGGGCCUCCCGACGGGGCUAAGGCCUUGGAAGCGGCCGCCCCGGAGUCCCAGGGGCUGGAUUCCAGUCUGGACGGGGCGGCACGGCCCAAAGGCUCCCGGCGGUCAGUGCCCCGCAGCUCAGGCCAGACCGUGUGCCGCUGCCCCAACUGCCUGGAGGCGGAGCGACUGGGGGCUCCGUGCGGGCCCGAUGGGGGCAAGAAGAAGCAUUUGCACAAUUGCCACAUCCCGGGCUGCGGGAAAGCCUACGCCAAGACAUCGCACCUGAAGGCGCACCUGCGCUGGCACAGCGGCGACCGUCCCUUCGUGUGCAACUGGCUCUUCUGCGGCAAGCGCUUCACGCGCUCCGACGAGCUGCAGCGCCACCUCCAGACCCACACGGGCACCAAGAAGUUCCCCUGUGCGGUCUGCAGCCGUGUCUUCAUGCGCAGCGACCACCUGGCCAAACACAUGAAAACCCACGAGGGCGCCAAGGAGGAGGCUGCCGGGGCGGCCACCGGCGAGGGCAAGGCGGGCGGAGCGGUGGAGCCCCCAGGGGGCAAAGGCAAGCGGGAGGCCGAGGGCAGCGCGGCUCCCCCCAACUGAGCUCCUCGGUACCGCCUCCCCGCUGGUCUCCCCUGGGGGCAUUGGAAGAGAGCCCCUUGGCCUGAUGCCCUUGGGGGGCGGCUGGAGUAUGAGGAGAAGGUGGUUAUUUAUUGAGGGGGAGGACAAGUGGUGCCGGGUCAGGGAGAGGGGGCACUAGGGGUGUUUUAGUCUCUGGGGCUGGACCGGACGCGUUUGGCUGGGCGGGGAGGAGCUGCGCAUGCCCCUCUGUUCUCCCCUGCCUCACUAUUUCACUCACGGCCCCGGGCUGGGAGGUUGGGGUGGGGUACCCCUACCGCGGCUGGAGGGCGGAGGGGACCGGCUGGAGGAAACGGCGCGUCCCCGGAGCAGAGAGGAGUGGGGCUGCCCUGGGCGCUGAGGGUAGCUGUCUGGACACGUCCUUAGCGCCUGGGAACCGGGACAUAAAAGCGCCUCCGGAACCGCCCUGCGGCCCGGGUCCCUUUCAUCCCCCUUAUAGUGCUUCUACCCCUGGGGUUUCCGGAGGGAGGGUUGAGAUGGGGUAGAGGAGGCUGUGGGUCCCCCUUAGGGAGGGGUCUCUAUCUGGCUGGGAGGUUUUUGCUGUAGAAAUAACUCCUUUGAUGCGCCUCCUUAUUAAGCCUUCCAGACCCAGUCUGCUGUAGCCAUGAAGGAAGAGGGGAAGAGGGCCAGAAUCCCACAGCCUCCCAGCCAGAGCUGUGGGGUGGAGGAGAGAGUUGGUGGUGGUGGUGGGCGGUGAGCAAGGAAGUCCCCUUCUAAAAUGGGAGAAGGGGAUUUGUUGGGGGAAUGUAAGGAACUAACCCCUUCCCUCUCUAACCCGGAUUCAGUCCUUAACUCUUGGUCUUUAUAAAAAAUAAAGUUCAAUUGUCCGCAUUCCCUAUCUGCUACCCCACGUAGGCUUUUGAGGCAGCCAGAGGCCCCUGCUCUAGAAUUGAUGUCGUUCCUCAUCCUAGGUCCCCCAGCGUUCACCUUCCCCUUAGGGGUGGGAGGAGGUGGGUUACUUUGGUGGGUUGGG